GCUUGUGGGUCAGCCUUGAAAUAGGGCUGUGCUUCAGGGUGGCGACAGUUUGGGUUAUAGGAUCCAGGCUGUUUGCAGAAUCCGGACUGAAGGACCGCUGAGUAGUUUACACGCCGGCGAGAGCCGAGGGCUAGAGGUGAAGUCUGGAGCAGGACCCUGAGGCUUUCUGUCCUCCAUGCGGCUCACUAGAAAGGAGACUGUGAACUAUCCUCGAUGUGAAUCAAUCCCAUGAUGCAACAUGCCUCCCCAGCCCCAGCUCUGACAAUGAUGGCCACGCAGAAUGUCCCUCCCCCACCCUACCAGGACAGCCCGCAGAUGACGGCCACUGCCCAGCCUCCCUCCAAGGCCCAGGCUGUUCACAUCUCCGCACCAUCAGCUACUGCCAGCACACCUGUGCCCAGUGCUCCCAUUGAUCCCCAGGCCCAGCUGGAAGCUGACAAGAGAGCUGUGUACAGGCACCCUCUUUUCCCGCUCCUGACGCUGCUGUUUGAGAAAUGUGAACAGGCCACCCAGGGCUCUGAGUGCAUCACCUCCGCCGGCUUUGAUGUGGACAUCGAGAACUUUGUCCACCAGCAGGAGCAGGAGCACAAACCCUUCUUCAGCGAUGACCCAGAACUGGACAAUCUGAUGGUGAAGGCAAUCCAGGUGCUGAGGAUCCACCUGCUGGAGUUGGAGAAAGUCAAUGAACUCUGCAAGGACUUUUGCAACCGUUACAUCACCUGCCUCAAAACCAAGAUGCACAGUGAUAACCUGCUCAGGAAUGACCUCGGGGGGCCCUACUCCCCCAACCAACCCUCCAUAAACCUUCACUCACAGGACCUCCUGCAGAAUUCCCCCAAUUCCAUGUCUGGCGUCUCCAAUAACCCCCAGGGAAUUGUGGUCCCAGCCUCAGCACUCCAGCAGGGCAACAUCGCCAUGACAACCGUCAACUCACAAGUCGUGUCAGGUGGAGCCUUAUACCAACCGGUUACCAUGGUAACCUCCCAGGGUCAGGUGGUCACCCAAGCAAUCCCCCAGGGAGCCAUCCAGAUCCAGAACACACAGGUUAACCUUGACCUCACCUCCCUCCUGGACAAUGAGGAUAAGAAGUCCAAGAACAAACGCGGAGUCUUGCCCAAGCACGCCACCAAUAUAAUGCGUUCUUGGCUCUUCCAACAUCUCAUGCACCCCUACCCCACGGAGGACGAGAAGAGACAGAUUGCAGCCCAGACAAACCUCACACUCCUUCAAGUAAACAACUGGUUCAUCAAUGCCCGGAGGCGCAUCCUGCAGCCCAUGCUCGAUGCCAGCAACCCAGACCCUGCCCCAAAAGCCAAGAAGAUCAAGUCCCAGCACCGGCCCACCCAAAGAUUCUGGCCCAACUCCAUCGCCGCGGGGGUGCUGCAGCAGCAAGGCGGCACCCCAGGGACGAACCCUGAUGGUUCCAUCAAUUUGGACAACCUGCAGUCCUUGUCCUCAGACAAUGCCACCAUGGCCAUGCAGCAGGCUAUGAUGGCUGCACACGAUGACUCUCUGGAUGGGACAGAAGAAGAGGAUGAGGAUGAGAUGGAGGAAGAGGAGGAGGAAGAGGACCUUGAGGAGGAGGCCGAUGAGCUGCAAACGACAAAUGUCAGUGACCUGGGCUUGGAACACAGUGACUCCCUGGAGUAGUCACAGCCCACUGGCGCUGAUCUCCAGGGCAGGAGAGGAUUGGCGUCGGGAGGGUUUGGGGCGGGGGAAGGAGGGCACAGCCAGGCAGCGCUGAGGAAGCUGAGCCCUCGCCUCCCCAAAUCAGUAGCUCAAGGAAAUACAGAGGAGACACCCUGUUCCUCCCCGACCGCCAGGCUUCAACAAGCACCCAGCCUGCUUCCCUAGAACUGGAGCGGACUCCACUGGCAGAGCCAUCAAGCAACCUCUGUGGGAAGCAGGACUGAGACUGGGUUUACCCGAUCCGAGAGGAUGGAUGGCACCAGUGGGCACCUCCCCCUGGAAGGACUUGACUGUGUACAAACCCUGAGUUGCAAGGUGAAUUGGUGUUGUUUGCAGAGUAGGCUUUUGGUGAGGGAGGACUCGAGAGGGGAGGGUGACAAUCCCCUUCCCCCAAGCAUCUCUGCUCCUUUAAGAGACACUCAAGGGCAGCAGAGGUCCCCCAAACAUGAUCAGUGGCUGUUGGAGGGGGAGGGCCCUAAGCAGGUCUUGCAGACUGGAGCAGGACCUGGACUCCACGGGGCUCCAGCUCAGCCCAGGACCCAUCCAUGGGCACAACAGCUACGGACUUGGAGAGCGUGGAGUAGGGCCUCUUUCUUUCUCCUGGAAAUGCAUUGUUGGCUAUUGGGCUCAAUCUGUAAGAGGCUAAAAGAGUUUCCUCAUCUGGGUCAGCUCCAGGAGCCAAGGAGAUGGCAGCACCUGGACUGGGAGCCAUAUCAAGGUGACUUUGGGACCAUAGCUGUCCCUAGGUGGUCACAGAACUCAGUUCCUAUCACAGCAGGACAAUGGUGUCAUAACCCUAGAUGUCCCCCGCCUCAGAUGAAGCUGCUUGGGUGUUCCAGGACCUCCGCAGACCCUCGGAGAGUGGUGGCAGAGCGACUUGGAAUCUUCCCACCCUGCAGGCCAUCUGGCUCCUUCCCUGCGCCCGGCUGGCUGACGCUGUCAGCCUGCAGCCUCUCACUUCGUGGUACCCAUCAGAGAAGGCAGGAGAAGCAUGGGAAAGAAGCAGCAGCUGGUGGAAGCCAGAGUUUGGAGAAGGCACUGCCUCCUCCUUCUCAUCAGCAUUCAAAAUGGCAGAGAGGGAUGGCCCUCGAGAGCCCACAGAGGUGCCCACCCUGCCCACCUCCUGUCCCGCACGCUCGCACUGCACACCGCGCUGGAGGACCCGGAGCUCCUGGGAGGACGAGGCUUUCCAUCUGCCCUCAGGCACCUUCUCCCAGCCCAGCUUCCCGGCUCCCAUCGUGGGCACCCUCUCCUCCCGCUUCCUCCUGCCCUAUGGCUGUGAACGACAAGACUGAUGACAUGUGUUUCCGACUGGAUUUAAUUUGACGGACAUGCGGUUUCAUUUGUAAAUUGUGCAUUGGCCAUCUCCUUCAGUGGCAUGAUGUGAGUGGCUACCUAGCUCAACUGGAGGGGACCUCAGGGCCCUCUGGGGCUUCCCCUCCUCUACUGGAGGGGGCGGAGCAAAAGGAUAGUCGCUUUCCUGAGGUCUCCCUGAAAUGAAUGUAUUUCUCCCCCCAAAAGAGCUGAUAUUUAAUGUUUUAAUAGGGAUUUUUGACAAACAAAUAACCUUAUUUAUAAUCUGGGUGAUCCAAUCAUUUUUUUACUCCCUUUUGAUGCCAUAGGUAGAGGAAAGUCUAACUUUUUUGGCGUGAGACUUUGCAACGUGCAGUGGGAUAAAAUACAUUUCUUCUUCUGGUUCAUUUUUCUUGUUAAAAUGUAGACAGACACACACGGACACACACACACCCUAUCCCACUCACCACGUCAGCAGCACCCCCACUCCGCACGGGCACCCCUCUUAUAGGUGCCCCCAUCUCUCCCUCCAGCCCCGCCUACUGUUAUACAACCUCCUUCCGAUGUAUCCACCAUCCCGGUACUGAAUGUGGCCGAGAAGUUUCAGUAAAUCUUAUUACCUACCAUGA